GCUAUUGCCGAUGCCCGCCGCCUGGCACGCUGUCGCGAACCCUAGACGGCUACCGCACACGUACUCCGUACGUAGUACGCCCAACGAUCGAUAUAUAGCAGCCAUGAGCGCAUAGCCAUCAGCCAAAGCCCACAAGGCAAACACCACACGCGCGACGUCAGAGAGAGCUAUAGCGCUUGCGCGCGCGACGGCGGCGGCGACAAGCGAAACGGCGUGGAGAGUGGGAGAUUGAUCGAUCGAGCGAGUGGUAAAAUGGGAAUUAGCGGCGAGAGGAAGGGAGCCGCGAGGCAGUACAACAGGUCCAAGGUGCCGAGGCUGAGAUGGACCGCGGAGCUCCACCGCAGCUUCGUGCGAGCCAUCGACUGCCUUGGCGGCCAACAAAAAGCAACUCCUAAGCUCAUUCUUCAGCUCAUGGAUGUCAGAGGGCUUACCAUAUCUCACGUUAAAAGUCACCUACAGAUGUACAGAGGCACACGGCAUGGCAUUGGACAAAACGAUAUGCAGCCACAGCUACAUCUGAAGCAGCACUCAUUCGGCAGUGAUGAGCAGAGCCCCAAGGAAUUCAUGUGCCCACCCAUAAAAAGGGCCAAGGUAGGGACAGAAGCUUCAGGCAAAUACAGAUGCAUGGAAGGGAGCAGUGACAUGAGGAGUAGUGCUCCUCCUGCAGGCACCCGGUACUUCAUCGAUGAUUGUAUGCGACUGCAAGAAGUGUCCAUGGAUAGGAGGAGAUCAGAUCAACACGAUGCUGCAGCUGCCGCUCGUGCUCGUGCUCCUGCUGCUGCUGCUUCAAGCCUUCAUCAGGCACUGGGAUUUUGGGUGCAGGGAAGAAGAGAGGAGCCCUUUAUGGUACACCAGAUUAGUAAACCCAAAGCACAUCAACUGAACCAUAUGGUCAGGAACAUGAAGAUAUCUUGCAAGGAGAACCACGAAAGUAGAUUCUUCAUGGUGAGAAGUGCAACUAGAGAUGAACAAGUCAAGAAACGCGCACCGCCGCUGUCGCUAGCCGUCGACCAGAAAGCUGCGAACGCUAUCUCCUCCUGGCCCAGCGAGGCCAGCUGCGUUAUCUCGCCGUCGCCGAGGAACUUCAGUACUGACUGCUCUGGGCCUCCAGGGUGCAGCUUUGUUGGCCGGAGAGUUAACCUGGAACUUUCCCUGUCAAUAUGUGGAUCAUAA